GUUUUUUUCGGUUCGGUUCGGUCGGUUAUUUGGUUAGCUGUUUUUUUGUCCAGGGCUAGAGCUAGGCUUGAUAUGAUUGCAGAUGGUGAGCAUGCAUGACAGGUGGCAAGUGUUUAGAGGAGGGAGCACGGAGCAGCGUGAUCUGCUGUACACGGUGAAAAGAGCGUCGAUGCUUCAGCUAAAGACAAAACUUGAUGUGUUUUUGGGGCACAACAAAGAUGAGAAAAGAUGUGAUUUCAGAGUCAAAGGGAGUUGGCUCGAGCAUUCUUGUGUUGUUUUCGCCGGCGAAUCUGACGCCAUUGUUGCCCAAAUGCACAGGAAGCACACGGUGCAGAGCGUAUUCUUGGAAAAAGACAAUUUCUCAGUGACUAUGUAUCCAAUCGUCGAUUAUGCCUUCAUUGCCUCUCUCGUCGUCAUUCUCGAUGACGACAACCGCGAAGACCGCGUCGCUUGAGACUCAGAUUUUCUCAGUUUAUAAUUAUCAUCAAUAAAUGUGCUAUUUAUUCGUUUUGUGUUAAACUUUGUGUGAUUAUAUCAGUUGUAAAAUAAGCAAAUUAUUGUGUCUGUCGUUGAUGUUUAAUGGCUACAACUACUAUUCGUGUAUUUUUUUCUUUUCUUCA